AUGGAUCCUUUCCUAAAUGAGUUUAGUCUAGAAGAGUUCCAACAACAAUGGGAAAUAGAAGAAAAAAUACUUGAUAGGCAGCGAGAACUUCUUAAAGAAUUGCAAAGGAGAAGCGAACAACCACGUAAGAGGAAAUCCAUACAUAGAGAUCAUCAUGCAGCGCAUGAGAGACUCAUGGCCGACUACUUUACCGAGUCAUGCACUUACACUGACGCUCAGUUCCGACGCAGGUAUCGAAUGAAAAGGCCUCUCUUUCCACGAAUUGUGGACUCUAUAUCAAAUUACGACGAUUACUUCACACAACGGCGCAAUAAUGCGGGCAAGCUUGGGUUAACGCCUAUACAGAAGUGUACGGCUGCUAUACGCAUGCUCGCAUAUGGAGUCGCAGCCGAUGCUUGUGAUGAGUACGUCAAGAUAGGAGAAUCCACUGCUAUCGAGUGUACUCGCAAGUUUUGCGAAGGGGUAAUAGCAUUGUUUCAAGAUGAAUACUUACGACGACCAAAUGUGGAAGACUUGCAGAGGUUGCUCCAAGUUGGAUAG